AUGCCAUCGCCCCAUUAUACCCAACACACAACGGACCUUCCUCCAGCGACUACUCAGGCUCCUACCUUGCCGCCCGUUCCACAUGAUCAGUACACUCAUGCCCCUCGCCAUUUUGACAACGAUGUCAUCCGCCACAUCAUGCCUACCGCUCCUACUUUUGAUGGUCAUGGGGAUCCUACGAUGUUUCUUGAUUGGGCUCAAGCCAUGGAAGAUUAUUUCGCAUGGUGCGACUUGACGGAUGCUCAUAAACUUCUCAUUGGUAAGAUGAUGCUACAGGGAGUCGCUAGACAAUAUUGGAAUUUCGUGGAGGAGCAACUCUAA